UAUUCUACAUUUGUUCGUUGUAUUGACGAAAUUCUUUUGAAAAUAGUCAUCUGACCGGUUGUUAUUCUUCACUUCCUACUAUCCCUUUUCUGUAGCAAUGCCAGGGUGAUUCAACAACGGAACGCAUUUCUUUAAAAUGGUUUAAUGUUGAGAAGCGAUGUCUGAAACGAAAGUAACGUUGUUUAAGUAUCGGUUCGCGCUUACCGCUUGCCCCAUCUCUUGUGGCCACACCUGUAUUAACUAUUAUUUAUGAGACUGCAAUAUAAAAGGGAACGUUACUUACUUCGACGGCAAACGGCAUGAUUUGAGAGACUACUUAGGAUUUUGACAGUUUCGACGUCGUUAUGCAGUCCUCUUCGGGUAUUGGAGCGGUGUCUGGUGAUCACACCAUAGUAUUCUUUGACUUGGAGACUACCGGAUUAGACACAUCUGUGUGUGACAUCAUCCAGCUGUCUGCCAUCAGCGGGGAGAGGAUGUUCAACGUGUACGCUCUUCCUCACUGCAGCAUGACGAACCAGGCCUCCAUUGUCACAGGGUUCACCGUCAGGGACCACCAGACCCUGCUCCUACACGGUCAACCGGUGGACACCAUCCCCCUCAGAGAGGCCCUCACCUCCUUCAUCACCUUCCUCCGCUCCUUCCACAAGCCCCUACUGGCGGCCCACAAUGCCCGGCGUUUCGACUGCCCCGUGCUGGCCAGGGCUCUGGGGGAAUGCUCCCUGUUGCACGAGUUCCAGGAAGUAGUGUCUGGUUUCCUAGACACCUUCUUGAUUAGUAAGGAGAUGUUUUCAUCCAGACUGACCAGGUACUCUCAGGAGCACCUGGUCAGUGUGUUCCUCCAUAAAACGUACGAGGCUCACAACGCCUUGGAGGAUGUCAAGGCCCUGCAGGAGCUCUAUCAGAAAUGGAGUCCCAGCCAGUUGGUGGUGCACCGUCAAACGUUUCCCCUGCAACACGCCUCUAACCCUAGAAGGGCUUUCUGAUCGAGGGAAGCAUCUGUGCAAUUUAUUUUAUUUUAUUACACACGCAGGUUGUGCUGUUUUUAAGUGUGUUUUCACGGUUACUUGUAGCUCUUCAAUCUAGAGAAAGACAUUAGGAAGUCCUUUGAAUUUGCGGCAUAUCUGUGUGCCCUGGUCUUUCCCGUGCAUAUAGUACUUUUGUGGAUAGUACUUUUGUGGAUGAUCAUGUCCGCAGUAUAAAAAUAAAAUAAAAACUUGUAACUGUAAAUAUUGUAAUGUACAAUUUUAGCAAACAAUAAUCAUGUGGUAGUGUGUGAAAAAUAAAAAACAUGGUUUAUAAAA